UGUUGGUAACGGACCAAUGAGCCGUGGAGCUAGGUUGGAUGGCUAGUAGGUGCUGCUAGCCUCCCUUAGUGCCCUGAUGGCCUGGGACCCGAACCAUCUGCCCCAUGUCUCCCUACACUCUACGAGCUUAGUCAGGGCUCCGGAAGUUGCCUUCGAGAUCAGCCGCAGGGCAGUUGAAGAUCAACUAAAGAUAUGUGGCUUCAAGAGGGAUGCUGAUGUCUUUGAGCUGUUCCUUUCUCAAAAGAAUCUGACAGAGGUCAUUGAUCUAUCUAGGUUUAGAAAAUUAAAAUAUUUAUGGCUACAUCACAACAAGCUCCAAGGAUUAACAUUCCUAACUAGAAACUAUUGUCUGUCAGAGCUCUAUCUGAACAACAAUGCCAUAUUUGACAUAGAAGGCCUGCACUCUCUGCCUUCAUUGUACUUGCUCCUGCUCCACCACAAUGAGCUAACAAACAUUGACGCCACAGUGAAGGAAUUAAAGGGGAUGCCAAAUCUGAAGAUCCUAACUCUCUACCAAAACCCUUUGUGCCAAUAUAACCUGUACCGUUUAUUUGUAAUCUACCACCUUCCGGAAGUACAAUAUCUUGACCGAAAAGAAGUUACAGAAGAUGAGAGAAGAUCAAUGAUUACCGUUUUUAACCAUAAAAGGACUCAUGUCAUUCAAUCAAUAGCAUUCGGAAGAAGAGUAGAUGCCUCAUGGAAUCCUAGAGCACCACUUAAGCAAAAACCAGCCCAGAGAGUACCUCCAGAUUUUGCUUUUGCGAAUAAUGUAGACAAAACUGUGUUCGAUGACCCAGAAGAUGCUGUGUUUGUAAGGUCCCUGAAGAGAUCAGCUAUGGCUUUUACCUUCCUGAACUGGGACACAGUUCCAACACGAGAGGAAAAAUACAUUGACGAGAAAGACAGAGAACCCACUCAAAUGCUUACAGUUACACUGAGAUAGCCCCUAGUGUUUCUAGAAAUCCUAGUGGAUUUCUGUUGUUUAUUAAACUUCUCUGUG